ACCUUAUGCAAGCUGAGCAUUGGCGAGCGAAUGGGAGGCUCACGAACAACACUCUGUUACUUCAUGGUCCCCGGAGCUGGAACGCCAGAUUGCAGCCUAUGCAUGUAAUGUACUGCGAUGAUAUGCUCCUAAAAACUGAUCCUUGCCCACAACCUUGCCUCGUGAUACGCAUUGACUUGAACACGACACGUAUUGAAAAACUAUCUGACUGCAAAGUGUGGCUCAGCAGUUUGCUCGACACCUGCUCCUGGGAUACGGCAUGCAUGGGCGCGGUAUUGUAGGUCACGCUUUGGAUAUUGUGCUCGAAUGAGUGACGAGAAACUUAUACGUUUUGAUAUCGAUUGCAACUCGAUGCUACUUUUUUUGAUAGCCUCGAAGAACGAACAGCCUCGAUUCUUCGUGUUUCUUUCCACAUGUAAUCAAUUCGUUGGUUGCUUGAAGUGCCCACGUUCUCAUCUUCAGUGCUAUGUGGAGUAUAUAUAGCAGCAAGCGGCACUCUCUGGAAUAUUGCAUCCAUCUCUAGAUCUUACGAGCUUCAAGACGCUGACAAGUUUCACAAUCCCGGAUCUCUCUUCAAAUCUUUGUUAUCGACUCACUCUACAGAUUCUCAGUGCAAAGAUGUCGUCGCAGCAGGAGCAGAGAAAUGUGAAGGAGAGCCACACGGAAGAGGCGGAGCCGAAUCAAGCGCAGGUUGACGAGACUGAGCAAGUCCCAGCGGCAGAGCAAGACGUCGAUCAGACUGCGCAGACGCCAGAGGAAGGCAAGAGCUACGCAGACGCAGCGGCGGAGGAGUCUCUGAAGGUGUCGAAGGAUGAGCAAGACGAAGUCAUGCAAAAGCUGGGAGCAGACUCGACGCUCGAGGCUUCUGCCGAAGGUGAGGAGCUGAAGGUCCGACCCAAGGAGCUCUGAAUCACCCAAGCAACAGCGAGCGAGCGAUGCUUUUCUGUGCAACGUCCAGAGGCUUUCAGUGUCUCUCUUACACCUGAAGGCCUCGGGUCCUGAGACCUGCAUCACUCUGCUUUUUACGGAACCACCAUCUUCGGUGGGCACAGAGAGUAAGAGACCGUGGUCUGCACUGCAAUGGUAGAACAUCAGGGAGUAAGGAUCAGGGUGAUCAUCCAAAUGUAACAAAUUAGCGACGCAUCUGCAUCUCGUCAGUGUCGUCUCUGGAAUGGAGACAUGGGACCUGCUGCUGUCGAGAGUGAUUAGAGUACAACUUUGAAGCUAGUCUCGCUUGUUUAAUUAAGUUCGAGUGACGGUCAAAUUGCUCACAGCUUUUUCUGACAACUCUUCCGUCAGAUUUCAAGCCACCGAACUCUUAAAGCUGUGGCUUAUCUCAAAAGAACAGUAGGAUUUAGGUGGAGGCCGUGUCUGUGAUUGUCGUAGGCCAACAGACAACCCUUUAUCAACUCAAUUGUACAGAAACUCGAUUGUUUUGAACUUGUACAUCGGAAAUCG